UGGCCGCUGCGGAUGGGACUAAAAAAACCAACGUUUAUGGACAAUGGGCGGCUUAUUCUCCCACGUCAUAUCCUGGGGGAAGAGAUUUGCUUUUGGGCCUGCAAUUUGAGCGGUGGGGCUUGUACGACCAGUUUGCAAAGAGCUUCCUAUUGGGUCACUUUGGUUGCGUGCUAGAAACCACCCAGGCCGUUCCAGGGCAGGGUCGCUUCGGUCCUGCCAAAAUCUGGAAAAAACUGUGUCACUGUGCACAAAACCCAGACUGGCUGGCAGAGGUAGAAUGAGAGCGCCCCCCCACGGACCAAAAGGGACAAUAACACACCAAUCCACCCUUCAAGCUUUGGACUAAGAGCACCAGCCGGCCUGGCAUUGCAGGACACCGCCGUUCCCGCCACUGAGCUGAUACGGUCUGAAGAGGGACCAGCGGCUUCCAUGGGCCCCAUGGAAGCGCAGAUGCCACCUAGCUGGCAUCCCCAGUGGGCAGCCAGUGCCAAUCUGCUGUCCUAUCCCUUCCCCUGGCAGAGAAGCCCUGGAUUGGCCAGGUGACCUUUGAAUGGCCGUCAGCAGUUGUAAACAGAGGCGCUCUGGACGGGACAGAAGGAACAUUUCUGUACAUCUCAGGUUAAACAGUCCAGAGAUGGUCACCUCAGACCAACCUGGAUGGUGCCACACUAGUGUUGUGGUCCGCCAGCAGCCUGUGGAGCUGGCAACAGACAGCGAUGAGGCUGAGGAAGAACGUGGGCCAGUGCUGGAGGCUGGGGAAGGCCCAGAUGAGGGCUCUGCAUCAGAGGCAGAGGUGGGGCCAGGGCCAUCGGGGAGUGAGGUGCAGACUCCAGAGCCUCCAAAGGCUGACAGUAGUGAGGCAGAGGAACAGGAGGAGCCUGUUCCUAACGCACCCAUGAGAAGAGCUGCCAGAAGGCAAGAGCAGCUAAAGCAAAGAGGAGGACUCGGGAGUAGGGCCAAGAGAUGAUUGGGCCCUCCCAUAAGCCUUAAAAGACCAGCAACGGCGUUUGGGCUCUUUGCCGGAAAACAAUGUUGAUAGCUUCGUCUUCUUGCAUUUAUUUUGUAUCAGUGUCUUCUGAACAUUUGCCAAGAAAGGCCUUUGGCAGUUUGCCUAAUUGGACCAAGGUUGGUGAUAGGACUGAGGAAUUGUGUUGGGAGGAAUUUGCUUUAAUUUAGUUGGACUACACUGAGAAUGAGUUAAUUCUCAGCUGUUCUAAUAAAGUCUGUUUGUUUUUACACUGACUGAGUUUCCUAAUACCUACUUUGGCCUGUCUGGGUCACAACAACUAGGUAGGAAGUUGGCUCAUUUGGUUUACUUUGUGGUGGGGACACUUUUGCUUCAAAAAGGAAGCAGACCCUGUGCUGGACGCAAGAGGUCACUCCUGAUCAGGAAAGCCGAGUCUGGUGGAGCUUGGCCAGAAGCUCUGAGUUAGUUACGCCUUGCUUCUCUCUGCCCCCAAAGAAGUUUCUUGGCGCAGGAGAAACUGAAGCUCCACCUUAUGGCCUCGUUAUCCGGAGGGACCUUUGACCGACGCACAGACACGUUUCCAGCUUUCUUCCUGCGAGGAGCUACACCCUGUUGGGCAAAGAACUGUGUGAGAAGACUCUCCUGGGCCUGGGAUUACCACGACUCUUUGUCAUGCGUGUCGCCGUGAUCGGAGCCGGGGUGAUCGGUCUGUCCACAGCCCUUUGCAUCCAUGACCGAUAUCACUCUGCUGACCAGCCGCUGCAGGUGGAGAUCUACGCGGACGAAUUCAGCCCCGGCACGACCAGCAGUGGGGCUGCCGGCCUUUGGCAGCCCUACCUGUACGACAAAGGAAAGACGCAGGAGACGAUCUGGAACAAAGAGACUUUUGAUUACCUGCUCCGACAUGUUAAUUCACCAGAAGCCAAGGAGAUGGGGCUGUUUCUGCUCUCUGGAUACAACCUCUUCACACGACCGGUUCCCGAUCCGUCAUGGAAGCAUAUUGUCUUGGGAUUCAGGAAACUGUCCCAGAAGGAGCUCGACCUGUUCCCCGGCUAUAGCUUCGGCUGGUUUAACACGGCCCUGAUCUUGGAGGGAAAAAUCUAUCUCACCUGGCUUACAAACCAGUUGGCCUCACGGAAGGUCCAGUUCUUCCAUCGGAAAAUCAAGUCCUUCCAGGAGUUGACCGCUGAAGGGGUGGACGUGGUGGUCAAUUGUACCGGGAUUCGUGCUGGAGAGCUACAGACUGACCCUGAGCUGCGUCCAGGCCGAGGACAGAUCAUCAAGGUUGAGGCCCCCUGGGUGAAGCACUUCAUCAUCACCCAUAACAUCGAUGCUGGGAUCUACAGGGAGCCCUACAUCAUCCCCGGGAGCCGUACGGUGACCUUGGGGGGGAUAUUUCAGCUGGGGAACUGGAGUACAGAGAACAAUGCAGAGGAUCGUAGAAAAAUCUGGGAAGGAUGCUGCAAGUUGAUGCCCAGCCUCCAGGAAGCCAAGGUAGUCGAAGAGUGGAGUGGUUUACGCCCAUCACGCCCUACCGUCCGGCUGGAACACGAGACCAUUCGUGAUGGGACGCUCCAAUCAGAGGUGAUUCACAGUUACGGGCACGGAGGGUUUGGGCUCACCAUUCACUGGGGCUGUGCCAUGGAAGCAGCCAGACUCUUUGGGAAGGUCCUAGAUGGUCAGAAGUUGACCAAGCCACCUCGGGCAAAUCUUUGAAUGAGCGCAAAGGUUUUUGGUAGCAAAAAAAAAAUAUCCUAAACGUUGAUGGAACAACGUGGAGAGCUGCAGAUGGAAAGUUUGUAACCUCAACAAUUGCACGGCUUCCCAAGUCUUAAGUACAGAUAAACCUCAAACAUUC